GGCAACCAAUCCUUGUGCACUGGUACUAAUCCGCUAUAGGCAGCGAAGCUAUCUCUUCAUAACCACAACCGAAGAAGCACAGAGAUUACAACGAUCACAACUUAAUUUGGGCAUUUAACAUUUUAUUAGUGUGUAUCAAUGUAUUAGAGCUAUACAAGCUUUUCCAAACUGAAAUAUCUACUUGCAAUCCUGUUUGCCGGUAUGCUUGUGUUUCUUGCCGGGUUGCUGUGCUUUUUUGCGCUUGGGAGAGGGUAUGUGGCACAUGGACAGGAUGCCAAGGGUACUCGCUUUGUGUGCACCUCCAUCCCCAUUGGCGCUGAUCCCAGCUGCCCUCUGCCACCCAUACCCAUGCAAAGCACAAGCCCUCAAGAGGACGACCUUAGGAACACCGUGAUGCAGCUCCGGGAGACAAUAUUGCAACAGAAAGAGACCAUCGUGAACCAAAGGGACACUAUCAAGGAGCUUACAGGUAAACUGACCCGGUGUGAGUCCGCCUCCGAGAGCACCACGUUGGAUGCCAAGCACAACCAAGGGUCCUGGAGAAAGGACUUCAGUAAAACCAAUGGCAAAGACACCAUGGGAGAUCUUCCAAGGGACCCGAUUGAGACCAUAGAUCAUCUCAGUCGGACAAUGCAGUCAUUAAAGGACAGGCUGGAGAACCUAGAGCAACAACAGAUGCGAGCCAAUAUGUCUGGAGUAGCUUUUCCCAAUGAGCUUCGUGACCUUCUACAGAGAAGACUUGGAGACUUGGAAAAUCAGCUUUUGAACAAAGUGUCUGAACUUGAGGAUGAGAAAUCCAUAUUGUACAAUGAGACCGCAGCACAUCGCCACAGGACAGACACUGCCCUGAAUACACUGCUGGAACGAAUUCAUGAAUUAGAAAAAGGUAACAGUGGAUUUAAGUCUCCUGAGGAUUUCAAGGUGUCCCUGCCCCUGCGCACAAACUAUCUUUAUGGGCGGAUCAAGAAGUCCCUCCCUGAGAUGUAUGCAUUCACCGUCUGCAUGUGGCUGAAGUCCAGCACCACUCGUGGGAUUGGGGCCCCGUUCUCCUAUGGGGUUCCGGGGCAAGCCAAUGAAAUUGUGUUGAUUGAGUGGGGGGAUAACCCGAUAGAGCUGCUUAUUAAUGACAAGGUUGCUCAGCUCCCUCUGUCAGUCAGUGAUGGGAGGUGGCAUCACAUCUGUAUCACUUGGACAACCAGGGAUGGCUUUUGGGAAGCGUACCAGGAUGGAGAGAAACUUGGCUCAGGGGAGAAUCUGGCCCCCUGGCACCCAAUUAAACCUGGAGGAGUUAUUAUCCUGGGUCAGGAGCAGGACACUGUUGGAGGGAGGUUUGAUGCCACUCAAGCCUUUGUUGGUGAGAUGACUCAGUUUAAUAUCUGGGACCGGGUCCUGAAAGCCCAGGACGUCAUGAGCAUGGCAAACUGCUCCUCCAACAUGCCCGGCAACGUCAUCCCCUGGGUCGACAACAAUGUAGAUGUGUUCGGAGGAGCGACAAAGUGGGCCUUGGAAAUGUGCGAGGAUAGACUGUAUGACUCCUAACCGCUGGCGGGACUCACCAGGCCCUUCUUUUCCAGGCGACCAUCUCCCUCGAAGUCUGCCCUGCAUGGGGAUAAAAUUUUAGGGAUUAUAAACGGGUGGUGAUAUAUACAUUAAGGGUUGUUCAUACUUCAGUUGAGAAAAAUUAAAUUCUAACCAGCAGUCUCUCUUUGAUAGCUAGAUAGUGACACAACUAAAGAGACUUUGCACUCAGCGACGUUCGCACAAAUGGAUUAUGAACCUUCCCAUAAGAUGAGGGGUGGAAUGUAACUGCACUUACACAGGUACCCAGAUCUGCAUUCUAUCCACCAUUCAUUUGUACCUAUUUAUUUCAGUGGAGUUGGUGUAUAUAUUUAUGGAACCUCUAGCUGGAGAGUAAUAAGACUAUACACCAUCGCCAUCUUCUGGACAUUCAACACACUACAGCAUAUACUGGCUGUAUUCAAUAAAUCAUAUCUCAACAUGCAAAGCAAUUUGGGUACUUUUGUAAACUAGUGAAGAGCUAUUAUGUGGAGGGGGAUUUAAUUUACUUGGGAAGCAUAGCUCAGGUUCACACUUGGGCUGGCUUUUAGUGAAUAAUAAGACAUUAGAAAAGGAAUUCACCUGGGGAAAACCUUAUACUAACAUUUCCAAAAUCCCAAAUGAAUAAAUUGUGUCCUUUCUUUUCUGGCAAAUCUUUUGGCUUUCUGUUCAAACUUCACAAAUGUUUUUUUUUUUUUUUAGAAAAAAAAACAAAAAAGAAAGAAAAAAGACUAAUGUAUAUGUAUAUUCUACUGAACUGUGUCUUGAGCUCAUUUGGUUUCAAAUGGAAUAUCUGUUUUUAAAUAGCAAUUCAAGAGACAAUGCUUCUCAUUCCUUUCUGAAUGGCCUUUCUCCAGCACUGAGUGCCAAAGUGUGAUUUCAAGGUUUGUGAAAAAGUAAACACCUCCUGUUUUGCCAAUGAAAGUAUAGUCUGUCAAUUACAAAUAUUCAUUCUGCUUUUGAUUUCCUAAAUGAAUAUGUGUUUGCUUUUUGUAAUUGUGCAGUAAGUUGGUAUUAUGAGAUUUAACUUAGCUUUAGCUGGUUAAAGUUUUUUAGCUGCUAAGAUUACCCCUAUUAAGGCUUUGCUUACUUUUGCUUUCAUUUUUAAUCAUCUUUGUAUAAAAAGAAUAUAGAAACAACAAUACAGAAGAGUAUGGAAGCCUGCAUUUAUAGAUUGGCAUGUGAGAAGAGCCUAAAUAGUUAUAGACGUUAUUUUUUACAUUUGAUUCCAAUGUUUCUUUUGUUUUUUACUUACUGUAUAUUGUAUAUUGUAAUUGCGCUAUUAUGUUUAAAGAGGAAU